UUCAAUGUAAAGAGCUGUAUGAAUAAAGUGUGAUUAAUUGAUCAACGUUUGUGGGAUUUUGGCUCUGUUGGAUCAAAUUGAAGGUCUUAUUGAGAAUGUCCGUAGAACUGACCACUGUGGCCUUUUCUUCUCAGCGGGAGGUCCGGCUGAAUCCAGACCCAGCACGCUGCUGGAUGUGGCCCAGGCGUUAGGCCUCUCUGUUGGGCAGAUGGGGCCUGAGGGAUCUGGGACAGGACUCACGUCUGAUGUGGAGCUGUGCAGUGAAGCCCCCAUCAACGGACUGACCGCCCUCAGCAACGGGACUACACUGAUAUUCAAAGGUAAGCUGUCUGAUUAUCAGCUGGGGAUUUCACUAAUUGUGGAUAGCGUGAGUAAUGUGUGUGUGUGUCCUUCAGGUGAGUUAUUUUGGGCGGUUGACUCCAUCAGAGGCUCCAUUGGUCCUCCACAAAACAUCACAGAGACCCUGGGGGUCCCAUCUCCCAUCGAUACGGUCUUCACACGAAUCAACUGCAACAGAAACACCUAUAUCAUCAAGGGAGAGCAAUGCUGGCGUCUGGAUGAGAACCUGGUGAUGGAGCCUGGCUACCCCAAACCUUUAAGCUCCGAGUUCCCAGGUCUGACGGGACGCAUCAGUGCUGCUCUGGUGGUGCCGGCUAGCAGGAGCACACCAGAGACCGUGUUCUUCUUCAAGACAGGAGACGUAAUGCAGAGGUUCACCUUCCUGCCAGGCAGCACUGCUUCCUGCGGCGACAAACCGAGGAGCUCCAUGCAGAAAAACGUCGCCCAACAGGCUGACGUUCUUCUGAGUGGGGAGAUCAACAUCAAAGUUUCUCUGACGGGCUUCCCCACCCCGGUCACCUCGGCUCUGUCCGCGCCCGUUCCCCAGAGCACCAACCAGUACCAACACUUUGUCUUCUCGGGACCUCUCUAUUUCAGAGUCCAGAUCACAGGAGGGCUGCCAGCUCUGGCCAAACCCGAAGCCCCCGCCACCCUCACCCCCCUACCCGUCCCCAUCCUCAGCCCUCUGCUCUCAGCCACCAACCCGGCAGGUCAAAGCCAGAACCCUUCCCACCCGGCCAACUCCAUCAGGUUCUGGCUGCGCUGUCCAUAG